AGGUGGAAUUAAUAGAUCGAAGUCUCCAGCCAGGUGAUGUGGUGCGACAUGCAACAAAACCAAACCUGAAAGGAUAUAUCAAGGAUGUUCAGAUUACUGCAGAUAUUUGUAUACUUGGAACAGACAAAAUAAUUAAGAAUGUAGACAGUAAAAAACAUAUUUCACCACUCCAGGUAAUUUCAGAUCUUCACAGAACUGAAUUUUUUUCCAUCCUCUGAGACCAAUUGUGUCCACAACUAUUUUAUGUCCGGUGUUAAAAAAAUAUCUGUGGUUCCGGUUCUCGACCGACCCUAUUUUUUUCUGCCGACCCUAUUAUUUUUUUCAACAUGAUUGACCGUACAACCCUAUGUUCCCCGGGUGGUUAUGGACUGCUGCCAAAAUGGCGUCUGUUGUCACACUAAUUAUUGAAAAAACCAUGAAAAAAAUAUUCAAAAAAAAUUAUUUCCGACCUACCGACCCUAAUUUUUUCACGAUAUGAAACCGGAACCACCUGUAGGUAUUUUUAUUACGCCUCAUUUUGGAUGCUUGACCAAUCACUAUGUCCAAUAUAUUCAUUUUUCCAAUCAGCCUUUGUCUCAGUUUGCACAUGUGUCUCUUGGGCCUUGGGUUGGACAUAUCUACAAGGAAUACAGUCGUGUUGUGAUGUGGUUGAAAAAUGGUUCAAGGUUGGUUAUAAUAACAAUGAGAAUUAUAUUUCUACUAAGUUCUUUGUAUGUUUGCAUGGCGAUAAAAUAUAAUAGUUUUGUUUGUGGAAACACCACGUAAAUUUAUUACUGCAAAGCUUUCGAUCCGUAAGCCUGGAUCUUCAUCAGUACUAAUAUUAUGUCACUCACUCUCUUAUUGAUCCAGUGUUACUACAGGAGGAAACUUGAACUAUUUAUUAAAAUGUAAUCACUGAAAGUCAUCAAUGAUAAAAGUUUAAUUCUUCUAGAUGUUCAAUUGAAGGAGACAUGCUUGAAUUGUUUUCUGAUGCUUUGGACAAACGUGAUUCAGAUUGUCCAUUCUAUAACUCAGCAUUCUACCCUAGCCAGUCUGUGGUUGGGCCCGCUCAGGCGUUUAAUGAUGCAAAGUGGUUGACCAAGAUUAAACCAAUCCUUGUUGAUCAGAGUAAAAUCAAAGCUGUUGUUCAAGAGGUGAGUAAGAAGAUAGUGGUGAUGGUUAUGGUGGUAUUGUAGUGUUGGUGAUGAUGAUGGUACCAUACUGUAGUGUUGGUGAUGACGAUGAUACCAUACUGUAGUGUUGGUGAUGACGAUGAUACCAUACUGUAGUGUUGGUGAUGACGAUGAUACCAUACUGUAGUGAUGGUGAUGAUGAUGGUACCAUACUGUAGUGUUGGUGAUGAUGAUGAUACCAUACUGUAGUGUUGGUGAUGAUGAUGAUACCAUACUGUAGUGAUGGUGAUGCCAUACUGUAGUGUUGGUGAUGAUGAUGUUACCAUACUGUAGUGUUGGUGAUGAUGAUGAUACCAUACUGUAGUGUUGGUGAUGAUGGUGAUACCAUACUGUAGUGUUGGUGAUGAUGGUGAUGAUGAUGGUACCAUACUGUAGUGUUGGUGAUGAUGAUGUUACCAUACUGUAGUGUUGGUGAUGAUGAUGUUACCAUACUGUAGUGUUGGUGAUGAUGAUGGUACCACACUGUAGUGUUGGUGAUGAUGAUGUUACCAUACUGUAGUGUUGGUGAUGUUGAUGAUACCAUACUGUAGUGUUGGUGAUGAUGGUGAUACCAUACUGUAGUGUUGGUGAUGAUGAUGUUACCAUACUGUAGUGAUGGUGAUGAUGGUGAUACCAUACUGUAGUGUUGGUGAUGAUGAUGAUACCAUACUGUAGUGAUGGUGAUGAUAUUGGCAGUGAUAAUGGUGAUAUUGAUCAGGUGGCAGUGAUGGUGGUCUGGUGAUGAUGAUGGUAUUUUAUAAUAUAGCAUUUGUAAAUUCUGAACACUGAUUGGCUAAGAGCCAUGUUGAUAUAACUCAAUGUCAACACAGAAACGUCGGAAAAUUUCUUUCUUUAUAUUUCUUUGUGCUAUAUUUUAAAACAAAUAUAAAACAUUUUUUCCGUAUUGAUAUACAGUUAUAUCAACACUCGUGGAACAUCUACCUAUACCUCUAUAUAAAAAGAAAGGUAUAAAGUUGGUUUAAAACAUUCUUUCUUCUUUCUAGGCAAAGGUAGUGCAACUUGAAGUGAACUGGCAAGUGUGUGGUUCUCUUCCUCCUGGGUGUAAGAAAGAAGAUUAUGAACAGCCUCCUGACAGAAUAGUCACUGAAGAAAAUAUUGACAAGUAAUGAAUUAUCAUCUUCCUUUUCAAUAAGAGAUCAUGACACUUUACUGAAAGAGCAGUUUAGAACUGAUAGAACUAUAUAAAUAAAGUUAGUAGUAACACUGGAUCAAUACUAGACCUCUAGGGAGAACUAUCUAGAACUGGUAGAGCUGUUCAGUAUAAAUAAAGUUAGUUUAGUUUAGGUUUCCUCCUGCAGUAACACUGGAUCAAUAAGAGACCUUACUAGACCUCUAGGAAGAACAGUUUAGAAUUGAUAAAGAUAUCCAGUAUAAAUAAAGUUCGUUUAGUUUAGGUUUCAUCCUGCAGUAACACUGGAUCAAUAAGAGAUGAUCCUUACUGGACCUCUAGGAAGAACAGUUUAGAACUGAUAGAGCUAUCCAGUAUAGAUAAAGUUAGUUUAGUUUAGGUUUCCUCCUGCAGUAACACUGGAUCAAUAAGAGAUGAUCCUUACUGGACCUCUAGGAACAACAGUUUAGAACUGAUAGAGCUAUCCAGUAUAAAUAAGGUUAGUUUACCUGUAGUUUAGGUUUCCUCCUGUAGUAACACUGGAUCAAUAAGAGAUGAUCCUUACUGGGUCUCUAGGAAGAACAGUUUAGAACUGAUCCUGUAUAAUACAAGUAGGGUCAUAUGACCAGGUACUGACAAUACAUGUAACCAGUGGUGCCUAAAUUACUUUGAAUUUGUACUCGAGUAAAAGUACAAGUAAUUAACAAUAAAACGACUUGAGUAAGAGUAAAAAGUACUGGAGGCAAAACGUACAAAGUAUCCUUAAAAAAUACUUGAAGUGAAAAGUAAAAGUACUACUGUCUGUAACAUGUAGGAGCUUAGGAGGGAGAGGGACUUCUCCAACGGAUUGACAUACAAAAGAUACAAAACAGCACACGCAUUAUAUGCGCGCACCUAUAUUAUACAAUAUUUCACAGCAUGGUCAACUUUCCAAACCCUAUUGAAGACAUAAUAAAUCCAUUAAAUAAAUAAUGCUUAUAAGUAAGUCACAAACGAGAGAUCCCAGACACAACUAAAUCAGGAAUAAAUCACGUAAAAUUAAACAAAAUUUAGAAAGUAACGAAAUACUUCGCCACAAAAUGAAAAUAACGAAGUAAAACGUUACUUCUUAAAACGACUUCGUUCCAAGUAAAAAUACUCGAGAUAAAGUUUACUUUGUUACAUGCUCACUUCUCAAAAAUUGUACUCGAGUACAGUAACGAAGUACAUUUACUUCGUCACUCGACACCACUGCAUGUCACGUAAUAUCGGUUUUAUUUCUUUGUGGUAGAGUGAAAGUAUUUCAUCAACAUUGUCAUCAAGUUCAAAUUGGAGAUAAAUGUUUUUACGUUGUGAAAGAAGAAGAUAUUGAGGACGAGGGAAACGACGCUUUAUCAACACUUGGUGACCAAGGUGAGCGCAAGAUUUUGUUGAAAUUCAACGCAAGGAAAGUCGGUGAAGCAGUGGUGGUGUACUACUUAUCUACACACGUAAAAAUCUCGCAACUUGUCAACAAGAUGUGUUCGCAACAGGCUUGUAGCAAGCUUGCCGACAAGUUGUAACAAUGUUGUUAUUUUAUCAAGUUGCUACAAGAUUGUCACUAACAACUUGUUGACAAAUUGUUGAAUUGCAGAACGAUAACAAGUUGUUGGAAGAACUUACAACAAGUCUGUUGAGCUCAACAACCUUGUAGCAAGUUGUCAACAAGCUGGGAACAAGCAAUACGAACACAUCCUGUUGACAAGUUGUUGAGACAACAUUGCUAUACAAGUCUGCUGCAGGUUUUUUACGACUUGUGCAUUUUUACGUGUGUACCUGGCAGAACAGUUAAACACUGCAGAGCUAUCUAACGUGAACGCAGACAGUUGUCUCAUGGAGUUCUAUUUUAUAGAAGCAUCGGAACAGGUUAUUGAACAUGAGACAGUAGUAAACGGACCAAGCACUUGUGAUGCUGAAAAUGAACCCUGCGAGGAGUUACCCGAGACAUCAUGUGAACAAACAACAAACAAUGUGUCCAAUCAGGACUCGGUUACAUCACUCAGUCAAGUCACGAUAUCACUGGCUUCUGUCACAUCAGGUAACAAAAUUUUGUUAUCCAGUAUACAUAUAUAGUUAAGUCUCAGUCAAACAGGCAAUGAGUGUUGCAACACUUGCUCGAGUUUGACCGUCAACUCGCAUCAACUUUGAGCUGGUCCAGUCCACUCUCAGCAACUCUUAUGCAACUAUUGUUCUCAUUUGAUUAUUCCAUUGCUUGUGGUAACGAUUCUAAAUUUUUAAUUGAAUUAUUCCUAAAAAGAUCUAGGAAUAAUUAAAUUAAGGGGCUUAGUGGCACAGUCGUCUAAGCAAGCGCCUUCCAUCUCUGAGUUUGUGGGUUCAAUUCUCGCUACGGAUGGGACGAUAUUACCAUAAACAGUAAUUAGUUAUGCAUGUGAAAAGAGUCAGUCAACGCUCUGUCGAAAGUCGUGGGUUUUCUCCGGGUGCUCCGGUUUCCUCCCACAGGGAAAGUUGACAGGGUGGGUUAGGAUAAACACAGUUAGGAAAGUAACACCACAAUUGUUGUAAAAACAAAAAAGUCUACACGCGUAAAAAUCAUCAUGUUGUUGCAAGUUGUCAACAAGUUGCUGCAACUUGGUUCUGAACAGGAUGCUGCAAUAUUGUGCGGCCCACUUGCAGCAAUGUUGUCAACAAUAUUGUUCACGCUUGUUCGAACAAUGCUGUUGACGCCUGAUGAACGAACAAGGCCUGAACAACGUUGUUGGAACAACUGAGAUCAACCUGAUAUCAAUGAUGUUUUAUAUUGUCAACAACUGCGAACAGUCUUGUUUUAUCAAUACGUAAACAACCUGAUAUCAAUCUGUUUCGACGCUGUUAUUCGUGGCCAUUUUCCAGGGGGGGGAAGAUAAAUUUAAAGGCACAGUUCAGCCUUUUGAAUGAUGGUUUUUAAGGCGCAUUACAAGCCUUUUAAUUGAAAAAACUAAUUAGGAAAAUCAAUUAAGCACAAUUCAAGAUCAGUGAUUUCAAUGUUUUUAACAUUUUUAAACAUGUUUUUUAACAAUGUUUUUUAACAUUGAGUUCACUGAUUUUGAUUUAUGCUUAAUUGAUUUUCCUAGUUAGUUUUUUCAAUUAAAAGGCUUGUAAUGCGCCAUAAAAACCAUCACUCAGAAGGCUGAACUGUGCCUUUAAAUAAGCACACAAACAGACAAACUUCGCUUCUUGAUAUGAAAUUCAGUUUAUUUUGAAAUAAGAAAAUACAGAUUAGUGAACAAAUACAAACUAAAGAGAUAAUUACAGUAGAAGUACAAAGGUAAGAUAACUAUAAACUAUUUUAUAUGCAAUUAAGGCUUAUAAAAUACUAAGUACUAUUUAUAAAUCUAAAUACUUCAUAGUGUUAAGUGUUUUGACUUUUGAGUUCAUAUUAAAUACUGGUAAACAAUGGCAGUAUUUUAGCAAAAGGUAGUGCAACACUGCAACCUCUAUAAUUAUUAUUUAGGUAUUAUCAGGAUGGAAUUUGAAUCUGUUGGAGCAAGUUUAUCACAGAGAUUUUAUGAACCAUGCAUGCAAUUUGUACAUAAUCAUAUAUUUGCCCAUUAUAUUUAUAAACUGACAGUUAAUAAUUAAUCUUUCACAGACUAAUAAAAUCAUCUGGGGCCGGUAGUUCAAAGGCUUACACGGGCUUCGAACAACCGGGCCCAGAUGAUUUUAUUAGUAUGUGAAAGAGUAAUGGUAUUAACUGUCAGUUUAUAAAUAUAAUGGGCAAAUUAGAGAGAGUAUAUAAAAUACUAAAGUAGGCUCAUUGCCAAUUGAUGGAUUAGGUUAACAUAAUUAAUAAACUAUAGAUGGUUUUGUUGCAUCUCACUCGAUGGAAAUUUUAAUGUUGGGUUUUGUUGAUGGAUAAAUCGAGUACUUAAUAAUUUGAAUUGAAAUAUGGACCUAACCAGGCCCUUAUUGCCUGAAUGGCAUCUUAUUCAAAUAAUCAUUUAACUUGAAAUAAAGGGAUCUCCCUCAAUUGAUUUAGCCUGCAGAGGGCCAACCCCAUUCCUGGAUCACUUAACCUGAAAUUCAGGCCCUACUUUCAAUUUUCUGUCUGCAUCCUUUUGAAUGUUCAAUAUUUUUAACCUUACAUUAAUGAUAAUGAUUAUUCAAUUAAAGUCAACAAUUUCUUUUUCAUCCUGAGAACAUCCAGUUAUUUCAGUCCUCCUGAAUUUGUUUGACACUCCUUAGCAGUGAUAUUUCUGUAGAUUUGCCACUAUUUUAUUCCAGAUAUGAACUCACAGGCCCUAUAAAUUAAGAUUAAAUACAUAGUGCCAUUAAUUUACAAAACGGACCUUUGCAAUGUUUAUGCAUGCACUAGUCAAUUGAAACCCCCAACCCCGGGACAGGGCGGGGAAUUAAUGGGGGAAUGGCCGUGGAUUAACACGGUCUUAAUGCAGAUUUCCCCCGGGGUACAGGGUAAAUAACAAGUCAAUUUAUUAGCCAGGACAAUUCCCAAGUCAUGAAAAUUUCCCAAGUCAUGAAAAUUUGCAAAUUAGUGCUGGGGCCAUAGGGACAGUAAUUUUAACAGUCAAUAUUCUCCCGGUAGCAGGGAAAUGUCCAAAAUUUAACAUUGUCAAAAUGUUAAUUUCCCCUCCCUAUCCCGGGGGUCGGGGUUUCAAUUGACUAGUGCAUUAUGGUGGGAUGCAGCCCCAAUUGUAUGUUUCCCACCAUAUUUUACAUGGCUCAUGCCAUAUAACUUCAGUACAUGGUCAUUUUUGGAUCCAUGCCUGGGACAUAUCAUAAUCUUGAAUCUAAUUUGGGUAUUCAAUCAUGUUUAAUAGACAUAGGCAGUCCACAUAUGGACUGGUCAUGCUAUGUCUAAGUGCAUGGCUAUUGCCAAAAUAGCCUCCAUCUACACAGAACACAACAAAGGUAUACAAAUUACUUACCAAGUGAUCACCCAUUGUAUAUAAUUUGUCUGACAUAUUCAUAAUUCAAAUCUUUAUUUUUAUACUUAAGUUUACACUACAAAAAGGAUAAAAAUGAGACAAUAAUUACAUGUGAGCAUAAUAAUGGUCAUAAAGUAUCCCCCAUAGCCAUGUGAUAAAAUCAUAGCUACCUCCUUCAUAUACCUUCCAUGACAAUUAUAGUCACCUGCUUAACCAGGAAAUAAAAGGAAAUAUGAGAAAUGGCUAAUUAUUUAACUGUAUGCACUCUUACCUACCUACCUAUAAUCUAUCCAUUACAUAUUAUAUGCAGUAAAUACAUCAUUCUUGGUGUGUAAACUGAUCAAGUAUUUGGUUGACCUUGUUAAAACACAAUAGGAAUUGUUUAUAUAUAGCAGUGAUCAAACUUAAAUUAAUUACAAACAACAAUAGGGACGGAUUCGGAAGGAACGGAGGACAUAUGAUAUGAUAGCGUUUUUGACAUAUUCAAAUUUCAAAGUUAAAAAGACUCUGACAGAAAUUUAGAGUGUAACUGGAAAAAUUUAAACAAUAUUUUGAGAAUUAAAUGUUUUGUUUAUAUUACGGCUUUUAUUACAGUAUGACCGCGGUUUCUUGUUUCAUAUAUACUGAAAAUAUAGAGAAAAAUAUCAAAAUGCAAUGCCUAUAUAAAAGUACUAUAAAGUUUGCGUGUGCAUUUCUUCGUCCUGCACUAUGAAAAUGACUAAAAUCAAAUGGUCGGGUUGUUUUAAGCUUUUACAACUAACCUUACCUCAAAACAAGACACUUACCAAGUUAUUUUCUUCAGUAUUUUCCCCUCAAUCUUCAGAAAAAAACACACAAAGUUUAAAUGACAUUUAUUUUGCUGUAAAAGCCCGUUUGAUUUCUUGCUCUCGUGAUAUUCGUCGCAUUCGUCCGUUUUGCAUCCCAGCGAUUUCGAAACAACCAAUAAAAACAAGUUUUCGUGUUGUUCAAAUCAUUAUUUUACCGUCUAUUUAUAACAAUGCUGUUCACGGUUGUUCGAACAACUAAAAACAACUUGUUCUUUCAUCAAUGUUGUUCAUGCCUGUUCGAACAAUAUUGUUGACGCCUGAUGAAUGAACAACGCUGAACAACAUUGUUCUGACAACAUUUAUCAAGCAUGUUUCAUCAACCUUGUUGACGCUUGUUCCAUCAUGUUGCAACAACCAUUGUUCGUUCAUCAAGCGUGAACAAGUUGUUGGAACAAUGUUGUUAACGAUUGUCGCUUGAACAACGUUGUUCAGCCAUGAUAACCUCAUUGUUGCAACGUUGUUCAGCGAACAAUGUUGCAACAACCUGAUCAAUUUUUACGCGUGUAGGCUAAGUAUGUAGUUAGGUAAGCGUGAUACUUGAUGUAAAGCGCAUUUAAUCAUAUGAACAUGUAAAUGCUCUACAGACUCUUACGUCCGUAUUCUAAAAGCUCACUCACACUCAAUGAGUGUAGGUUCAAUCUGAGCUUCUCUUGAGUGUCAGGGUUAGUGUCAUAUGAACAUGUAAAUGCCCUACAGACUCUUACGCCCGUAUUCUAAAAGUUCACUCACACGCACACUCAAUGAGUGGAGGUUCAAUCUGAGCUUCCCUUAAGUGUCAUUGCUGUUUUUGAAUAGCUGGAGGGUUAGUGUCAUACCUUACUAUGUGACUACUCACCCUCCAGCUAUUCAAAAACAGCAUUGACACUCAAGAGAAGCUCAGUCCACUCUUUGAGUGUAAGUGUGAGUGAACUUUUAGAAUACAGGCGUUAUGGUAAUGUUACUGCUUUCAUAUAACCCAGAUACAACUACCCUAGAAGACGAUACGAAACACACAACACAUGAGUCAGACAGCGAUGAUGGCGAUGUGGAAUCAGACGGAGCUGACCAAUCAAAACUCAAAACAUCAAAACAAGAUCUUUCCAGCAAACCAUCGACGAGACGAAGACGCAAGCGCUUCAGACACAAACGUAAACAACAGUUAAACAGUUUGAAAGUGAAGCCAGGCGAUCGAGUGUGCGUGGAAAUUAUUAAAACUAAAACUAGAGCUGAUGUUUUGUGGCAGGAUGGGACGUUAGAGACAGAUGUGGAUACUUUAGAUUUAAUCGCAAUUUAUCAUAUUGAUGACCAUCAAUUUUUCCCUGGUUACAUUGUGAAUGACAAGAGAGGUAAGACGAACACAAAACCUAAACUAAACAACUUUAUUUAUACUGCAUAGUUCUAUCAGUUCUAAACUGUUCUCCGUUCUCCAACAAACAAAAUGGCGGAAAGGUAUUUUAAACACAAGCGUGAAAUGAAAUUGCCCUAGAGGAACUAGAUGAAAAUACGAACAAAAGCACCAAAUUUUGCUUUAACAAAAGAACUAAAUGAAAAUGGACAAAAGCACCAAAUUUUAGUUGAAAAUCUGGCAGGACUGGGCUUUGGCGAGAGAAUAUAUGAUGUUAACAUGGAGAAGUAUCCAAUUUUGUCAUGCUAAUAAUAAACAAGUAACGGCGGCUCGUCCAAUUUUGGCAAAAUUUCCAAACAUCACUCGUACUAUUAAUCCCUAAUUGUACUCGCCAUCGCAUGAUUACCUAUACUUAUACUGGAUAGUUCUAUAAGUUCUAAACUGUUCUUCCCAGAGGUCCGGUAAGAGUUAUCUCUUAUUGAUCCAGUGUUACUAUAGGGGGAAACCUAAACUAAACUGUUCUCCCUAGAGAUCCAGAUUCUUUAUUGGUUCAGCGUUAUUGCAUGAGGAUAUCGAAGAAUCAAAAAGUCUCGUCAUAAAUAUUUUCUUUCAUUUUGCAGCUUUCCUAGAUAGUUCGCCUCCAGUAAAAUUCGAAAAAUACGGCAUAGUACGGAGUUCUUCCGAUGUUGACCGAACAUGCGCUAUAAGAUGGUUCUCGACGAGCGGAGAGGAUCUUGGGACUGAAGAUGAUGUCAGCGUCUACGACCUGGCAGAAAAUGUUGACAUGGUAUUCAAUCCGGGUGAUUUGGUCGUCGCUGUGAACUGUGGGAACGAGGGGGAUAAUCAGCUACACGGUGUGGCAGGACAGGUAAUUGAGGGAUAUGUUCUAUUUUUUUGUACGUUUCUCAAGCGGUAAAUAAACUUAAAGAGUGUGUUUAGUGUUUUGUCUGUAAAAUAAUGCUAAAAUGAAGAGAUUUUGGAUGGUGCGCCAGAAAGAUUUUAGUGUAAAUUGGUCCAUGUUCUGGUUUUAGGUGGUAUGCGUAGAUCCUGAUGGAUACGUGGUAGUAAACUGGGCAGCAGAGAGGGACAGCGAACCCGGCAAACAUCGUCCACAUGAAUUGUACAAAGUGGAAAGUGAAGACGAAGACAGCCAAUCAGAGAACAGUUCUGGGAAUGAACACAGUUCUGGAAACGAGGCUUGGGAAACUGCCAGUGAAGAUGGACACGUGGAGCCAGCCAAUGAGGACAGACCGAAUGUUUUAAUCACAAGCGAUGCUCCAAUACCUCAAAGUGAAGAACCAACUAGCCCUGGUGUUGAUAAUGUCGAUAUCGAAGCUUUGAAUAAUGCGAAUAAUACAGAAAGCCAAGUUGAUCAAACCGAUGAUACAGGUAUAAAGUAAUUCUGUGAAAUAAAUUGUGUCAGCGUGAAAUAAAUAGUGACGGGCCUUCGCUUAUAUUCCUCAGGUAGUUGAAUUCCUCUCAGUUCACAGCUUUCUGGUGAUAAAGUAAUUUUGUUGACCACAAACCCUGGCUACAAGGUACGCCUAAAACAGGCGUACUUUUUAGCCACAAACUCUGGCUACAAAAGGUAUGCCGAAAUCCGGUGUACUUUACAGCCACAAACCGCGAAAAAACCGAGGUCAUCCCUUGCAGAAACUCGACAAAAAAUUCAGUUCAGGUUUCUUUCUGCACUAACACUGCAUCAAUAAAGGAUGCACCUUUCUGGACAUUUAGGAACAUUUAGAACUGAUUGAGCUAUCCAGUUUUAGUUUAAUUUGUUUAAAUUUCAACUUUAUUCGACGAGAAAUAUAUGUGAAUUUAACUGUUUCUGUGUGUGUUAGUAAAGUCUAACUUAGGCGGUCUAACUUGAAAGUAAAGUCUAACUUAGGCGGCAAAUUUUAAUAUAAAAACUAUAAAAAUGUAAAAAGUUUAAAAAGGUGUCCUAGCUUUCGUCCGUCUACGACAUCAUCAGAGACAAUGUGUAAAAUUUGCCGCCUAAGUUAGACUUUACUUUCAACAGUAGCUUUUGGCCUCACCUGAACACAACAUUCAUAUAAUGGUAACUGAAGGACAACUUUGUACGUUUAACAAGUCUCGUUUUAUUUUCUAGCAGAAGCAUUCCUAAUGUUAAGUGAAGUCCACGAAAGUCAUCACUAUUAUGCUGAUCAUUUCGUGAAGAAUUUUUCCCCAAACAAACCAAGGAAGUUUAUGUCCGUAGUUCGUAAGGAAAUGUUGUUGCUUAGAUCAUCUUUGCCGUCGGGGAUCUUGAUUCGAGGCUUUGAAAAUGCUAUGGUAAGAUUCAUCUGCGUCCUACGUAAUCCAGCUUGGCACACCCCUACUCACUUACUGGACCUCUAAGAAGAAUAGUUUAGAAUUGAUAGAGUUAUCCAGUAUAAAUAAAGUUAGUUUAGUUUAGGUUUCCUCCUGUAGUAACACUGGAUCAAUAAGAGAUGAUCCUUACUGGACCUCUAGGAAGAACAGUUUAGAACUGAUAAGAGUUAUCCAGUAUAAAUAAAGUUAGUUUAGUUUAGGUUUCCUCCUGUAGUAACACUGGAUCAAUAAGAGAUGAUCCUUACUGAACCUAGCGAGAACAGUUUAGAACAGACACAGCUUUCCAGUAACGUUAGUUUAGUUUAGUUUAGUUUAGUUUACUUUCCUCCUGUAAAAACGAUGUUUUUGUUAUACAGGAACUAUUCACUGCCCUUAUCUCAGGUCCCAAAGACACUCCAUACGAAGGUGGGGUCUUCCUUUUUGAUAUCAAACUGCCAUCCGACUACCCAGCCUCCCCUCCAUCGGUGUUCUUCAUUUCCAUGACAAGCAAUGUAUUGAAUCCUAAUCUGUAUGUGGAUGGUACUGUGUGUACCAGUCUGCUUGGCACCUGGUCUGGUAGGGACAGCGAGAGUUGGACUGAGAAAUCAAAUUUACUUCAAGUACUCCUGUCUAUUCAAGGUAUGUCAUUAGUGGAUUACACGUAAAACGCACAAGUUGUAACAAACCUGCAGCAGACUUGUAGCAAUGCUGAACAACAGGAUGUGUUCGCACUGCUUGUUCCCGGCUUGUUGACAACUUGCUACAAAGUUGUUGAGCUCAACAGACUUGUUACAAGUUGUUCCAACAUCUUGUUAUCGUCCUGCAAUUCAACAAUUUGUCAACAAGUUGUGAGUGACAACCUUGUAGCAACUUGAUAAAAUAACAGCAUUGUUACAACUUGUUAACAAUUUUUAUUGUUAGCUUUGAUCUUGUGUAAAGACCCAUACUUCAACGAAGCGGGCUAUGAAAAGCACAGGGGAACCGUGGAAGGAAUUGAGAAUUCUCGUGUGUACAAUGAAAUGGCGAUACUCAAUCUUAUAUCAUCAAUGACGGCUUCUGUCAAGUCGAAGCACGCGAUAUUUGACAAAGAAAUAAGGAAACAUUUUCAGGAACAUGGACAAAGGUAAGAAAUUGAAAUUUUUUGGUCAUUCUGUUCUCUGCGCAAUAGUUUGUAGUUUAUUGAAUUCCUCACUCAUUCGUGAGUGGAUUUCCCAACAAGCUAUUACCUAAUUAAUAGGAGAUCCGAGGUACCUACGAUUUAACGUCCUCAUCCGAGAAGACGCGAAAGUCUAACCAUUUAAUGAUGUCAAUGUAAAGGUAGCUCUUUCUCCUCAAUUAUUUUAAGAUCUUGAGUAGAGGUCCGACUCUCCCAGCUUGAAAAGCAAGCAUGGUGACCACGACAAGCCGGAGCUUUGGUGUGUUCUAUACGAGGUUUACCGCAGGUUACUUUGUUCAGUACUUGAAAUAUCAAUUCUGCUCUCCUUCCUCCACUCUUAGCUUUCAAACAAAGUUAUUUUUCCUCAACCUCGUCUACUUUAUAGCCUCGUUAUUUUCGAAAACGACGUUGUAUUUUAUUAAACUAAUUUAGUUAUUCGCCAUCGUAAAUCUUGAAGUUAUCUUGUUGAAGAAUGAAAGUAGUGAUACAUUAUAAUUUGGUUCCAGAGCUCAGCUGUGUUGCUAUCUAGUCAAUAUAUACACUUGUUAAUUUGGACGACUUUAAGACUUCCUAGACCGCUCCUCACAGCCCACCGCUACUCAGAAUAAUUGUGAAAGCCCGGUACUACUAAUUUUAUUUACUGUUUAAUAAACGAGUAGGAGUGCUUUAUCAGAUAUAAACACGAGCCGACAGACGAGUCUCUUAUAUCUGAUAAAGCACGGACUGCGAGGGUUUUAAAUGGCUUAAAAAACGACCCAUCUUAUGAGUUCAAAGCUAAAGUUCUUGUAAUGAUUUUUUUGCGGAAAUUGCUACCAUUUUAGUACAAAAGUAUACAAAAUUUGCAAGGGUGGCUUGGCGAGGCUAUAUUUUCCGUAUUUUACAACCUUUCGCAACCAAACUUUGCAAAUUUACUAAUUUUAGUAUGCUCUUUCUACCUGUGGUGAUUUAUUUGCAUCUCCUUGCCUAGUUUUAAAAUUAGUCUAUAAUGGCAAUUGUCUAUUGGUUAUAUGGCCUUCUAUCAAGUGUAGAUGGCUCAAAACCUGAUAUUCACUUUUAUUCCAGAACCAUUGUGAGGUAUAAAAGUUGGCUAUCACACUCAAAUAAACUGUCUCAAAGCUCUGAGGAUGGGAGCUCCACAUUGCCACAAAAUGACUGUACUUCUUCCGAAACUGUCGCACAGCAAGCAGAGCAAUUUAAAACGCCAGAUUUCCCGCUCUUCCCAGUUUCUAAAGGAUUUUGUAAAUGCUUGGAAAGGAAUAUUGAAUUAUUUAAUGCAACUUUAGUAGAGGAGAAAUUACUUAUCAAUGAAGAAACAAGUUAAUGAAAUAUCAAUAUUUAUCAUCUUUAUAUAUUUAUGAUAUAUGACAAAAAUCAUAAGUUUAUUGAGUUUAAUAUCUUGUCAUUGGGUUUACAGGGUUUGUAAUUUGCCUUGGCCAGGGGCGGAUCUACUGUGGGGGUAAGGGGGGGGGUGCACACCCCACCCUAAAUAAAAAUGCUUGACCAUACAUUUUCUGCUUUUCGAAUAGCGAUUAGCAGAACUUCUAUUGAUUUGUAUUCUCAGUUGAUUUGUGAACUCAUGAGAAAAUACUCAGAAUGCUUUGGUUAAAUAUCAUGGUUAAAUAUGUAAACAUGUCGAGGUUGUUAUACAGCCAUAUUUUCAAAUAUACUGUACUUUAACAAGCAAAUUUACUGCAUUGUGCUACAGAAAACUGUUCAGUAACAUAUAUGUGAUAAAAAGCCAAUAUAAACUUAAAAACAAAAGAUAUUGUGUAACAGGGAACAUGCAGAUUCGGCCAUCUCAAAUAAUGGUAAUGUUGGGAUAGUAGUGUUGCAGACUGCAGAGGAGAGUGGGGAGUAAGGCUCCCUCAUGCACCACCCCAUGGAAAACCUGCACCCCUCCUUGCUGAUGAGGCUAGAUCCGCCCCUGAGAUUAACAAAAUAAAGGUUUGAUGAGUAUUCCAAUUUAAACUUAAACAGAAUCCAUGAUAGUGUUGGGAAAGCAUUAAGAACAGCUAACCAAGUCGUGUGACUGCCAACUCUGAACUCUCAUGCAUUCUCGUUUCAUCCGAGCUUUACACUGAGACGAAUGAUCCAUCAGAAGGAUAAUGUACCUUGAUGGUUCGUCCAUCUCAAGUAUAAAUCAAAUCAUUGAUAGCAGAACAAACCCUUGAUCACUGGACGAAGUCUGUUUGUUGACUACUUUUAUAUAAUUAUGAUAAUUUAUGAAUGCAGUGAUGUAGACAGCAAUGCAUAAUUUAUUGUCCAAAUUUUCAGACCAAUCACGUCCAACAAUGACAUUUCAAAAAUGUACUACAUAUUUAAAGUUUUAAUCAACUAUGACAAUCGUGGUCUGUUUUGAAUCUGGUUGGCCAACCAAUCCAAGCCUUCGGUUAGACCUUCGGCUUUAGUCGCACAAGUCGCCUGGACAAACCAUGAUCGUUUCUUUAAUUCAUUUAAACCAAGCUCUUCCCGAAUUUCAGUCGUGCUCAUAGCAUUUUCCACAUCUUGUUUAUUCGCAAAUAUCAAUAAAUGUACAUUUUCUAAUUCAUCCUCUCCUAACAAACGCAGUAAUUCUGUUUUUACUUCAGAAAUUCUCUCGCGAUCUGAACUGUCUAUCACAAAUAUAAUGCCUUGAGAGCCCUGGAAAUAAACCCGCCAUAAAUUCCGUAUUUUAUCCUGCCCGCCAAUGUCCCAAACUGUGAAGGAAAUAUUCUUAUAAGACACUGUUUCCACGUUGAAGCCUAUUGUUGGCACACUGGAAAUGACCUUGCCAAAUUUGAGUUGGUAUAAAAUUGUAGUUUUUCCCGCAUUAUCCAGCCCAACCAUUAAGAUACGAACGUCCUCGCGGCCCAAAAGCCGACUCCAUACACUCGAUAGGAAAUUCCCCAUCACAUAUGAACAAUUUUUGUGAAAGAAACUAUUUUCUUAUGAAUUUUGUACACAUGUACACAAAAAAUUAAAUAUGGCCGACCAUAAUGACCGCGCGAUUAUAUG